AUGGUUAUACCACGUUUCCAGCCAAUACCUGGCGAAAGCAAAGUAUCCGGUAUACUUGGUGGUACAAUAUUUCCUCAAAUAUUGGUCGUCUUCUUUCUCGUUGGCCGAAUUAUAUCUCGAGUUGUCGUCAUUGGUCGAUGGAGCUGGGAUGAUACAUUGAUUGUUAUUGCAUGGGUUUUCACUCUAAUCUUGACAAUCUUACUCGAUAUCGGUACACUCUUCGGUCAAGGACACCACAUUCAAGACGUUCCUCCGAACCUUAUCCUCGAAUCCGCUCCACUUCUCGCAGGAGAUAUCUUUCAAUGCAACUCUGUCACCGGAGGACCUUUCAUCGCCGCCAACGUUAUGUGUUUCCAGGCACAACCAGUCAUUAAAGCUUCCACUGCACUUCAGACAAUCACGGACGCCUGGAUGAUAUUGAUGGUUGUACCUGUGGUGUCGACAUUAGAAAUCCCAAGAAAGCAGAAGUUGGCAUUGAUGGGCCUUCUCAGUCUCGGAAUCCUCGUUAUAAUCGCAUCCAUUGCACGCAUAUCAACACUCCUUAGUGUCGGCGAUAGUAUCGACAUAACCUGGAUCACUGGGGAGUUCGAUAUUUGGGUCUGUAUUGGAAUGCUGCAUAGGUAUCAUCUGCGCCUGCGCUCCAACAAUACGACCACUUAUUCACAAAGUAUUCCCCCGAAUUUCAUGGCCAGUAGAUCUGGGUCCGGCAAGACGAAACCGACACAAGUCACUGGCAGACGAGAAACAGCCAUUGGCUCACAAAGCCAGCGCAACAAGAUCAGUGAUCCCGUUUCCAUCGAGUUAGAGCGAACAGAUACUUGGCUUUCCGAUUCGAGUGAGCAAAAGCUUGUUCUCAAGAAGGGAUUUACUGUCCGGAGCAAAGAAUACAUCUCAAAAUACCCAUUGAGUCCACUGCAGAGGAACCCCUCGACGGACCCAGGGCGUGGCUGGCAAGCAUAG